UAACUCUUUAGGUAGGAGCGCUCGUGUUCGUUUCUCUAUUUUGAUCAGCUGUAGGAGGUGAAUCCUCGAUUGGGAACACUUUUUGUAUGCUAAUUUCUCCUUUUACACACUGCAGCGCUUUUGUUGACGCUCAGGUUUAUAAAGAGACCACUGAUGACACCAGCAUUUAUGCGUCACUGAGGAGCCUGCCACGGCCGCUUUUCUUAAAACCUAUCGAGAUUACUGACAGCCUUCUGCCAUGAGCUGCCUGGAUGUUAUGUAUCAGAAUUAUGGAGCUCAUCAUUACCUGCCAGCGACGGCAGCAGCAGCCUAUAAAGCAGCAUACUAUCAUCAUCAACAGCAGCAGCAGAAAAAGUUCAGUGCAUACAGCAGGAUGCAGGACUUUGCCGACUUGCCUGCACACUGUGUCCAAAGUAAACAGGCUGAGAAGCCCAGACCUGACGCCGAGAUACAAAGAGAUGAUGACGAGCAGCAUGGUGAUGAGGAGGUGAGAAGUAAGGAUACACAACCAGCUGAGACAGAGUACCUGAGCUCAAGGUGUGUGCUCUUCACGUAUUUUCGUGGAGACAUAGGCGAUGUGGUGGAUGAACACUUCUCCCGUGCCCUCAGCCAACCUAGUGCCUUCAGUAAUGACACCAAAAGCAUUAAGCCCCCGUCUGGAGGACUGUGGAAAGAUGGCAGUUCUCUCUGCGAGGGUCAGAGUGGCUCUUUGCCCUCUUCGUUAUGGAACAGUAGUUACCCGUCUCAGACCAACUCCUGCAUUCCCUCCAUUCAUAGUGAUUUCCCUGCAGUUCCUGCAUUCCACACAGCAGACACUGGCAUUUGGAGUGGCCAUAGCCUGGCCCAGCCUGGCCUUCCCCCUCAUUCAGCCCUCACUGAGUCAUGGCCUUAUGGCUUGGGUGGUCAAAGCACCACCGGACACCAUCAUGUCCAUGACAUGUACCCCCAUAUGCACCCACGUCACCAUCAUCCCCAUGCUCAUGCCCAUCCUAUGCUUCAUCACAGCCACAGCAGUGCUCUGGAUCAUCGCUUCAGCGCCCUUCUGUUACCUGGCAUGAGGCCAUCAAGUAGCCCUUCUUCUUCUAAUACAGAGGGAAUCAAGACAGAGCUGGAGACUGCUACCUCUAGCUGGCCAGCAUCCUUUCAUGGCUCUGUAGACAUCUAUGACACAGCACUGGAACAGGACAAAGCAAAAGCCAGUGUCUGGUUCUGAAACAGAGAAAGCCAGCAAGUGACACACAGCCUUGGAGUAGAGCAGCGCUGACAUGAGCAAUGUGAGAUGGGCCAGAGUCUCACUGUGGAAUCUCUCCCUGGAAAGCUUUCAGAUUUCCUGGGAGGCGACUCAGGAAAGGAAACUAUGACUCCCUCUAUUAGACAAGCAUAACAAUAAACUUGGAGAAAAACAAAUUUCUUUAAAAGCAAACCAUCCUGUCUGAGUUUUCAUGUGAUGCGAAGAGUGACGUGUUAAUGAAUUCUGCAAGAGUGCUGUCCCAGCUGGACUUUCAAAGAGCUCUCACAGAGGGAGUGCAAUGAAGGAAGCCACUUAAAUGUAUCCAAGUCUAAGAGGUAUAUUUUUCCUACUUUUUGUAAACCACGUUGAACAUUUCCUGUUUGGUGGUUUGUGAUCAGGAACAGAAGCAUAAGCACAUACCACUGGUUUUGUUGAAAGAACUGCCUGUCUCCUUUCAAAUGAAGGCCAGUUUUGUCUUAAUGUGGCUAUAAAUAUGUGAAUGUUUGAGUAGCAGCCUUGUUCAAAUAGAAGUUUUACUUUAAUAUAUUUUGUCUAUGGUCUUGUGAUCUACAGAUUCGAUAGUUCUGUAAGAAGUUUGUGCAGAUUGUUUCUACCAAAGUAUUAACUGUUUUGUUGCAUUAUUUUGACUUUUGAAUGAGAAUGUAAUUGUUUUAAUGCGAAAUGCUAAAUAAAUUGCUAAGUUCUAUUGGCAAA